UAAAUCAUCUCUGCAAAUCCAACGUGGAGGAACUAAUUGAUUUAAUUUCAGUUAAUUAUGCUAUGCGUACAAUUUCUGAGUGCUUGUGUAUUAAGUGUGAUAUGCUGCCAGAUUAGCAAAUAUUAACUUCCCAAAAGAUAUUGGUGAAUGUUCAACAAAGAAAAAUUCAAUAAUCGUCAUUCGUAUAAUCUGAUUGCCUCUGAAAUUUUGGUCCAUGACUCAAUGGUGGCUCAUCAAGUGGAAAAUCAUCGAAGAUCGUGAGCUGCCUUUCUAAUACACAGCUGCCCGACCAUUAAUCUCCAUUUGGAAUAGUUCAUCUCUCCAAAUACAAUGUGGAGGGACUAAUCAGACCAAUCUUUCUUUGCUAUCCUUUCUACUAGGAGUUAGCAACCUUUGUUGCCCCUCAUCUUCUCUUUGUUCCUUUGUUUUGUAAUUCCUUUUAUCGUCUUAUUUUGGUAGUUGGAACUCUGCUGAGGUUUCAACCUCAACAAAGCCUACUUUUUUUAAAGCUGGAAUCUGGCGCAAGGAGUUGAAUUUUGGGUUUUCUUGCCAAGGCUUUCCUGGACAUCACAAUGGCCGGCGAGAAGACAAUUGAGAAACAUAUGGAGGCAAUGAGCAUGGGUUCAAAGUCAGGUUCCUUUGCUGCUUUGGCUAAGGAAGAUAUGGCUUCUGGGAAAGGUGGUGGCCCAUCUGAUUCUAAAUUUUGUGUAUCUUCAUCAGAGAACACUACUUUUAGCACCAAAGCAUGGAACACCAAGCAAGCCUUUUCCCACCCACCUACUGGCUUCUAUAGUUACUACUACCCAGGAUAUGAUAGGGCUUAUAGAGAAUGGGAUGAUCAGGUGUAUUUUCUCAGGGGAGGAAUAGAUAUGCCAUACUCUGGCUCUGGCUUUCGAUCAGCUACUCUUCAGAAAGUAUACAACCCCAAAGUGUCUUUGUUUCCUAACCAAGGGCAUGUAGGAAUACGCCCACAAAAUGGAUUCACUAACUCGAGGACAGAUGGCCGAAACUGGGCUGUUAAUGACAGAGUUAAGGUGAGAGAGAAUUUCAACAGACAUGGGGUGUUUGGCGCAUCUAGUGAUCGAAGCCGUGGUCCUCGGGCUAGCAGAGUGAAGGAUCCUUUAAACUCAUCAUCUGAUAAGGAUCAGUUGAGUUCUUUGGUACAAAGGGACCAAUAUAACCUAAAGGAUUUUCAGACUAAGUAUGAGCAAGCAAUGUUCUUCGUGAUAAAAUCAUAUAGUGAGGAUGACAUUCAUAAAAGCAUCAAGUAUAAUGUAUGGGCAAGCACUGCGCACGGAAAUGAGAAACUCAACGCAGCAUUCCAUGAUGCAGAGAUGAGAUCAAGUGAAAAGGGCAUCAGGUGUCCAAUCUUCCUCUUCUUCUCAGUAAAUGCAAGUGGGCAGUUUGUAGGAUUGGCUGAGAUGAUUGGGCAGGUUGAUUUCAAAAAGAGCAUGGAUUUUUGGCAGCAAGACAAGUGGAAUGGUUUCUUCCCUGUAAAAUGGCAUAUAAUAAAAGACAUCACUAACAGUCAGCUUAGGCACAUCAUACUUGCAAACAACGAUAAUAAGCCUGUAACAAAUAGCAGGGAUACUCAGGAGAUUGGAUUUUCACAGGGUUUGGAAAUGCUGGAUAUUUUUAAGAACUACCCAGCAAAAACAUCAAUAUUAGAUGAUUUUGUUUUCUAUGAAGAUGGGGAGAAGUUGAAGUGCCACAGGCCCUCACCGCCACAUUUGGAAAUAAGGUGUAACAAUAAUUCUCCAGCGUCCAGCAAACAGGCCUUUAGUAUUAUUACUAAUCUCGUACUGAAUUCUUCUCAGAAGCGCCCAGAAACAGCCGCAGGGAAGGACGAGGCGUUGGCAAGAGUGAAGGGAACUAUGGGUCCGAAACGAUCUCUCAUCACCCUCACGAAGGACUUCUCUCUCAAUCCCUGAGUUCCUAAGAAGGAAAUGAUUAUGAAGUAUGCGACUGCGGCGUGAUUAGACCUGAAGAAAUUCUCUGUGGCCCCGCUUAAUAAGUUGAUGUUAUUGUGAACUUUCCAAGUCUGAGAGUUGGAAUCCAGUGAAUUUCCUGGUUUUGGUUCAUUUCUCCACCCCAUUUCUGGAGACAUUUGGUAUAUUUGAUGUGUUGGUUUUGGGCCAGGGCAGGUUGGCACCAUAAUUUAAAAACUCAAGAAGGCGACUUGACUCGAUGCUCAAUCAGACUCAAGCUGAGUCGAGUCAGACUCCUUAGUGAGUUUCACUGUGACUUGGUUUGAUUUGUGGUCGAGUCAAAUUGACUCAGUCGAGUUUUGAAUCAGGUCACUGAAUUUUAGAACAAUGAUUGGGACCACAGUUUAAAAAUCUGAAAAUUCAACUCGACGCAAUGUCUAGCUGGGGUGCUUUACUCGAAGACUCGACCAAGUCAACUUGGAUUGAUUCAUAUUAAAGAAUUAAGCUAAAAACAUUUGACUUUAGAGCAAGCAUUUAAAAUAGUUAUGAUUGUUUAAAUAUUAUCAGCUACCAGAAAAGGACAUUCCCAAAUGCCCGCAUGUGGUAUUUUGGUUGAGGAGUUCUUCCACCUUUUAGCAAA